UUCCACACUUAACCUUACAUUAUAUGAUAUACGUCGUAUUACGGUUGUAAGUUGUAACAUGGAUGUGGAUACAGCGAGUGACAAUACUUCGAUCGAUGACAAGAUAGAUGACUUUUGCGAAAAUCCCACGCGAGAUGCAUUAACGGAGGGUCUCAUGAGCCUCCUGAAACCUACAGUGGACCAAUUGGACGAUAGAAUUCGCGCUACAAGGAUAUGCCAAAUUGAACUGAAACAACGGAUUGAAUCCUUAACGGAGGAACUUCAAAAAAUCAACGAAGCAUUGCAGUAUCCGUUAGACACAGAUUCCUAUGUAAAAAAACUAGUUAAUGCUAAGCAUAAGAUUACUAUUGUUAGCAACAUUUUGCAAAGUACGCAAGAGUGCUUGAAUAAGGUGCAUCAAGCUGUCGAGAAGAGUACUGCCAAACGAAAAACACUACUAGAUAAUAGUUCUGCAUAUAACAGCACAAGUAUCGAAGUGGAUAAAGAAGAAUCAGCUCAAGCAGAGACUGACAAGCAGGAAUAAUUUCCGAUAUUAAACCUAUGAUCUAUAAGAUAU